UACCGGAAUAAAUUUUGACGCCCACAUUUACAGUCACUUUGUUCGACAUCCACCUCCUCCCCCCCCCCUCUCUCUCUCUCUGAAGUUGAAACUUUGAGCUUUGUAAGAAACCUAACACAAAACCAAACAAAGUGCUUCAAAUUCAUCGCUGAUCACGUUUCCGCAAUGCACCGCGUGGCUAGUACGGGCAACGCAAACAAUUCAACUCGCCCUCGAAAGGAAAAAAGAUUAACAUAUGUGUUGAACGACUCUGAUGACACAAAGCAUUGUGCAGGCAUAAAUUGUCUAGCCCUACUUACAUCUACAAUAUCUGAUGGGUCAGAUUAUCUAUUUACUGGAAGCCGUGAUGGCAGGCUAAAACGAUGGGCGCUAGCUGAGGAUGCGGCAACAUGCUCUGCUACCUUUGAAUCUCACGUGGACUGGGUUAAUGAUGCUGUUCUUGUCGGUGACAACACACUUGUUUCUUGUUCUUCAGAUACAACCCUUAAGACAUGGAAUGCUUUGUCCGCUGGAACUUGUGUUAGGACACACCGCCAACAUACUGAUUAUGUUACUUGCCUCGCAGCAGCUGGAAAAAAUAGCAAUAUUGUUGCCUCUGGUGGCCUUGGUGGGGAGGUUUUUGUGUGGGAUAUUGAAGCUGCGCUGGCUCCAGUCUCUAAGUGCAAUGAUGCAAUGGUUGAUGAAUCUUCAAAUGGCAUCAAUGGUUCUGCCAACUUACUACCUUCGACAAACUUGCGUACUAUCAGCUCAAGCCACAGUAUAUCCUUGCACACUGCUCAAACUCAAGGGUACAUUCCAAUUGCUGCCAAAGGCCAUAAGGAGUCUGUUUAUGCAUUGGCCAUGGAUGAAGGUGGAUCGAUUCUUGUCUCUGGUGGCACAGAAAAGGUUGUACGUGUUUGGGACACAAGAUCAGGAUCAAAGAUUCUAAAGCUUAAAGGGCACACAGAUAACAUCAGGGCUCUACUUCUGGAUUCCACUGGAAGGUAUUGUUUAUCAGGAUCAUCAGAUUCUAUGAUAAGGCUUUGGGAUAUAGGUCAGCAGAGAUGUGUUCAUUCUUAUGCUGUUCAUACAGAUUCUGUUUGGGCACUUGCCAGCACCCCAACAUUUAGUCAUGUUUAUAGUGGUGGCAGAGACUUUUCAUUAUACUUGACAGACUUGCAAACAAGAGAGAGUAGUUUGCUUUGCACCGGCGAACACCCUAUUCGUCAAUUAGCUUUGCACAAUGAUAGUAUAUGGGUUGCAUCAACAGAUUCUUCAGUUCAUAGAUGGCCUGCUGAAGGAUGCGACCCUCAAAAGAUUUUCCAAAGAGGCAAUUCUUUUUUAGCUGGAAACUUGUCCUUUUCAAGAGCAAGGGUGUCCCUAGAAGGAUCUACUCCUGUUCCUAUAUAUAAAGAACCCACCUUAACUAUCAGGGGCACCCCGGGAAUAGUGCAACAUGAGGUUUUAAAUAAUAAGAGGCAUGUGCUGACAAAGGAUACAUCUGAUUCAGUGAAGCUUUGGGAGAUUACCAAAGGUGUUGUGGUUGAAGAUUAUGGAAAGGUUUCAUUUAAGGAGAAAAAGGAAGAGCUAUUUGAGAUGGUAAGUGUUCCUGGAUGGUUCACAGUGGAUACCAGGCUCGGAACUUUGUCAGUCCAUUUGGACACUCAACAUUGCUUUAAUGCAGAGAUGUAUUCAGCUGAUCUUAACAUUGUUGGCAAGCCUGAAGACGACAAGGUUAAUUUGGGUCGAGAAACCCUAAAAGGACUCUUGACUCAUUGGUUGAGAAAACGAAAGCAAAGAAUGGGGUCUCCAGCUCCAGCUAAUGGGGAAUUAUCUGGAAAGGAUGUUGCUUCUAGAAGUCUUAUCCAUUCAAGAGCUGAGGUUGAUGUGAGUUCUGAAAAUGAUGCUACGGUUUAUCCUCCGUUUGAAUUCUCAGUUGUUUCCCCUCCAUCGAUUGUUACCGAGGGCACUCAUGGAGGUCCGUGGAGGAAAAAAAUUACUGAUUUAGAUGGAACGGAAGACGAAAAAGACUUUCCCUGGUGGUGUCUAGACUGUGUUUUGAAUAAUCGGUUAACUCCUCGAGAAAAUACGAAAUGCAGUUUCUAUUUGCAACCAUGCGAAGGCUCUUCAGUCCAGAUCUUGACACAAGGGAAGCUAAGUGCUCCGCGUAUAUUGAGAAUUCACAAAGUUAUUAAUUAUGUGGUAGAAAAGUUGGUGCUCGAUAAUAAACCUUUGGAUAAUUUACACGCUGAUGGUAAUUUUGCCCCUGGCGUUGCUGGGUCACAGUCACUACUUCCAGUAGUCGGGGAUGGAUCUUUCCGAUCUGGAUCUGGAUUGAAGCCUUGGCAAAAGCUUAGACCUUCAAUUGAAAUAUUGUGCUGCAAUCAGGUGUUAUCUCCUGAUAUGAGCUUAGCCACAGUGCGAGCUUAUAUAUGGAAGAAAGGAGAUGACCUAAUCCUAAAUUACAGAGUGGUUCAAAGCAGGUGACCUCAAAUCGGAUAUGCAUCAAAGGUUUUCUUGUGAUUGUCUAAAAAUACCUUUGAGCACUGGUUCAUCAUUGGUUGCCUGCAUUGAUCGAUGGCUUGUUAGAAUGUUGUAAAUUCUGAACUCGUUUGUCACCAAGUUUAGUAGCAUUCUCUUGAGUCUUGACCUGCUUGGAUAGUUUUUCUGUAGUAGAGAGAGUUGUUACUAUAAAUUUUGAAUUAUAUCUAGCUGAAGUGAAUACUUUUGGUGAACAUGAUGGAGUCAUAAGUGGUCUGCAUCUGACACAAGGGUUAUUAAUCGGUUCCAUUGAGAAUUACUGGGGAUUAUGCUGGCAUAUUGGGGUGUUUCUCAGGAAUCAGGCGAUUAAUUUAAGAUGAUAAAGGAAAUAUUGUAAAUUUGAACUGUGCAUCAAAUAAUCUAGCCAUAGAAAUUAUGUUCUACAGGUUUUUGCUAAUUGUUAAUUGCUAGUAAAAUUAUUCUCGAAA